AUGCAAAAAGCUUCAUCUUUGAAGAAUUCUAAUAUCAUCUCUCUUAGAACUAAAAUAAAUGAAUUGAAGGCUGAGUUGAAACAAGCUAUGCAAAAAGUUUUAUUAAAGGAUUCUGAUACUAUCCAGUUAUGUAGCAAUCCCUCUCUUGAAAUUAAAGCAAAGGAAUUGGAAAAUGAACUGGAGAAAGUUACGCAAAAUUCAUCAUUUAAGGAUAGGUUAAUUUUCUGCCUCAGGUCUAGGGUAAGUAAUCUAAAGUGUCAAGCUGAAAGAAAUGAACUAGAACAGAUCCCUUUAAAAUCACAUUCGUCAUCUAAUGAUUCAAAAACAGGUAGCGAUGAAGAAGAAGAGGUAUCCAGUUUCUUUUCUAAAAACGCUCAAGGCAAGACUCCCUCUUUUUCUUUAUACUGCUCAGAACUUGAACCUGAUGAAAGGAAAGUAAAAAAUGAAGUGGAGUCCCCAAUAGACCACACUGAACAAAAAUCAAAAGAGAAACUUAAUAGUAACUAUCCCACAAUAUCACCCAUUACUAUGUCAAGGUCUGGCAAAGCUUUGAUUACUAAUUCUAAAGAAUCUAUGGGUAUUGUUGAGAGAUUUAAUCGUAUACUUCAAGAAUGGGCAUUCUUUAUUCAAAAUAGUGUUGAAAUGAGAUUACUUCCUACUGAGCACU